AUGUUCCCUUCGGCUAACUAUUUUCGUGAUAUUCCAUGUCCAUUUUUUUCUCGUGUGGCUUGUCCGAGGCCGAAUUGCCACUUUAAACAUACACAAACAUCGUCGCAAUCGAAUGCCAAUACGAAUGCGUCAUCAGCAUCAUCGUUAAUAAACAUACCACCAGAUGCCAAUGAAACACUGAAUAAACUUAUUAAUCAGCUAUCUUCAGCUGCAACAAGUAAUUCAGCUGUGGCAACAGCGACAACAACAAUAACAAAUCCAAUGCCUUCGAUUAAUAUCACAUCUAUUUUACAAAGUACACUUUUACAAAGCUUAACAGUAUUUGCUAAUGCAUUAAAUUCAACACCACAAUCAACAAUUUCAAAUAAUGAAACAUCUGAGAAAUUAACACAAGCGCUAACUACGAUAGCAACACAAUUAAAUCAACAUCAAACUCCAACAACAACAAAUGCUGCCGAGUCGUUUCCUGAAUAUCGUCCGACACCUAUCGUUGAACUUGAACGACGAAAACAACGAGUACAUCAUCCCAUAGUUAAAACAAAUAUAAAAACCGAACCAAUUGAUUUUGAUUCUAAUGAAUAUGUUCAAGCAACAUUUUCUCCGCCAUCGAAUUCCCCACCUCAAUCAGCCGUUGAUCAACCUGAACCAAUGGAAGUGAUACAUCCAAAAGUCUCUACUGUUGCUAAAUCAACUCUGCCAAUUUCGUUACAGACUAUUCCAAAACAGUCCACUACGGAUGACUAUCAUUCAUGGGUAACACCACCAAUGCGUCGAAAAUUAUCAUCGUCAUCAGAUUAUAAUGAUUUCGAUGAACGAAAACCUUUAGUCAAAAAAAUAGCAUCCUCUGAAUCUAUUCAAUCCCCUAGAAAAAUAACUAGUAAACCCAUAGCAACAGUGAAACCAAAUAUAAUAGAAAAUACCAUUAAACCAACUCCUCCUACUGAUCCAAUGUUAAAACGAAUUCCAAAAAAACCAAUAUCUACUAAAGUACGUAUCAUGGAUGUCGAUUUAGAUAGAGUACCUGUUACAUCCACAAUAUCAAUUGAUGCUAAUAAAAAAGUAACAUUACUCAAACGUACAUCAAGUGGAACUAAUGAAAUACCUCAGAAGAAAGCAAAAAUAAUUCCAACAACAACAAAACCAACUGUAUCAACCAGUAUUGGUCAAAAUAUCAACAAGCAAAAGCCCAUUACGAAUGGCAUCAAUAAAAGUAAUAUCAGUGAUGAAGACGAUGAAUUAGCUCUAUUCGAUCAUGCUUUUCCCUCAGCAAAGCCAUCUGAAACAAUUACUGUGUCGAAAAAACCACCUUCUUCCUUCCCGCCAAAUACUAUUCAACAAUUUACGUCACGUUAUUCGUCUGUGACAACGGCACAUACUCAAAAUGGUUCAACUGCAUCAGCGUCUAACAUCUGUACUCGAGCAGAAACCUCUUCUGAUGGUCGUCGUAUUGCUCAUCAACCAAAAGUUCAUUCAAUUUCAACAAAUACUUCAUUUACACCUCUACUACAACCAUUAGUUGAUCCAAAUUCUAGUACAAAUAAAAUUCCUUUUAAAACUCGACAAGAAUAUUUAACAUUUUUUCUCAAUCAACUUAAAAGUCGACCAUCGAAUGCAAAUGAUUUAGUUCCAGAAACACCGAUUUUUGCGCGAGCACAAGCCAUCGAAAAAGAAAUCUUUGAUAAAUCAACAAAUAAAAAUUCCUAUUUAAACUUAGCUGCAAAACAUUUAAGACAAUUACGAUCUGAAGACACAAAUACAAAGCCAACGAAUGAACAAAGUUCUUCAAAAAAGGUCAAUGUUCACCGAUUGGUUGUGUCACAUUCAGCUAUGCUUACCGGCGGUAAAACAGAAAAUGUUAGUUUUGGAAUUAAAAAACAGAAAGAAACCGACAUUAAAACAUUAACAGAACAUGAACUUUAUACCCUCUUAUUUGCCUAUAAAGCAUCUGAACGAGAUAUAGUCGAAAAUGGUUAUCCAGCAUUUUCACUUGAUUUUCCAGAUAAAGUUUUAAUUAAAAAUAAAAACCCACUUUAUAAUCCAAUAACUAAAAGUCAUUCAUCUGACCCAAAUACUCGUAUCUGUUGUCGAUGCAGUAAAACAUAUAAAAUAGAUAUAAAUGGAGAAUAUGUGAAACAAGAAGAUUGCAUUUAUCAUUGGGGACGAAUGCGAUCACAGCGAGUCGCGGGACAAAUAGAAAAAACCUACGGAUGCUGUUCUGGAAAAAUAUCUUCAGGUGGUUGUGCUGUUUCGAAAUAUCAUGUACAUGAUAGUGAUGAUACACAAUUAUUAUCAGGUUAUGUGAAAACGCAACCUCUUCGAAAACCAUUAGUUAAUAAUGAAAGUUACGGAAUUUAUGCACUUGAUUGUGAAAUGUGUUAUACAAUGGAAGGCGUUGAACUUGUUCGUGUUAGUAUUGUUAAUCAUAAAUUACAAUCAGUAUAUGAAACUUUAGUUAAGCCUCAUCAUAAAAUACUUGAUUAUAAUACUCGUUGGUCGGGAAUAACUGAAAAUCAAUUGAAACCUUGUAACAUAACAAUAGAAGAUGUACAAAAACGUUUAUUAAAAUUAUUUAAUGAUAAAACAAUUUUAAUUGGUCAUUCUUUGGAAAGUGAUUUGAAAGCAUUGAAGAUUGUACACAAUACUGUUAUUGAUACAUCUCUGGUUUUUCCACAUCCAAAAGGAAGACCGUAUAAACGCGCAUUGAAAACAUUAAUGUCAGAAUUUCUAACAAAAAUUAUUCAAGAAAAUACCGAUGGACAUGAUUCAAUAGAAGAUGCUAGUGCGUGUAUGGAACUUAUGUUAUGGAGAGUAAAACAAGAUCUCAAAAGCAGUUAA